CACUGACUUCCAGAAGAAUAACCCUGUCCACAAACUGACUGAAGAGGAACUCCUGGCCUUCACAUCUUGUAUUCUGUCUCAGCCGAAGUUCUGGGGUGUAGAAGUCACAGCUCUUUGCCUCAGGACCAAACUGGAAAAAGGGAGCUCCCGAUGUGUUGAGAGAGCCAUGAUGCAAACCCAGGUAAUAGUAGACCACUUUGAAGACAAGAACUGUCCUGUGACUGAGCGGCUCAAGGUCUUCUACUGCUGCCAAGCCCCGCCCAGAUGGGCUGUCCAGAAACAGCUGGCCAGCCUGCUGAUGGACCUCGGCUGCAUCAGUUCAGGUCUGCUUAUUUAUGAAAAGCUGGAGCUCUGGGAGGAUGCAGUUAUCUGCUAUGAGAGGCUAGGCCAACAUGGCAAGGCCGAGGAGAUUGUUCGCAGGGAGUUGAAGAAGACAGAGACGUCCAGUCUUUACUGCCUACUGGGAGACAUAUUGAGGGACCAUCAGUACUACGACCGGGCCUGGGAGCUGUCGGGCCAGCGGAGCGCCAGAGCCAUGCGCUCCAAAGCUCUGUUGCACCUCCACAACAAAGAGUUCCAGAAGUGCAUCGACUGCUUUGAGCACUCACUUAAUAUCAACACCAUGCAGCUCGGUGUGUGGUUUUCCCUCGGUUGUGCCUACUUUGCCCUGGAGGGCUAUGAGGGAGCUGCUAAGGCUUUCCAUAGGUGUGUGGGACUAGAGCCAGAUAACGCAGAAGCAUGGAGCAACCUCUCCACAGCCUAUAUUCGCCUCCAAAUGAAAAACAAAGCCUUUCAUACCCUACAGGAAGCCCUGAGGUGUAACUACGAACACUGGCAGAUCUGGGAGAACUUUAUUGUAGUGAGCACUGACAUCGGGCACUUUGCUGAAGCCAUCAAGGCAUACCAUCGUCUGAUGGACCUCAGGGAAAACUACAAGGAUGUCCAGAUUCUACAGAUCCUUGUAAGAGCAGUUGUUGAAAACCUGACGGACGGCCAGGGUGAGCAAGCAGAAACUUUCCGGCCCAAAAUGAAGGAGCUCCUGGGGCGGGUCAGUUCUCGCCAGAGUAGUGACUCUGAGAUAUGGCGGCAGUAUGCUCGGUUAUAUAGUGAUGGCCACAGCUCCAACCCAGAGGACAACGAAAAGGCACUACAGUUCUUGUCCAAGGCCCAUCACUGCGAGGUUCAGACUGGUGGCUGGGAGAAAGAACCUGGUCUCUUCAAAGAGGUGAUCAAAAGAGCCAUCAAUAUGGGUGAAGUGACCAUCAGUUGCAGUAAAAAGAAGAGCAAUCCAACAGAAGCUCUUCAGAUGCUCUCUUCUGCCCGCCUCAGCCUCAGGAGUCUGGCCACCAAAGCUAAGCAAAUGCACACAGAUGUAGCCACGGGUCAGAUCCACGCUGAUCUGCAGGAUGGUGUCACUGCUCUGGAACAACUCAUCACUGAGCUGCAUGAGGUGUGCACGAGGCUGCGUGAGCAAACACACUGACCAUCAGAAUCUGGGGCUCUGAAGGCACUCUACACAGACUCUACAGCUUCAGUUGUCAGCAUUGUGUGUUGUUAAACACUUUUCAAUCAAAACUUUUACAUGUGAUGACUUAAUAAUAAAACAAAUAAUAGAUUAGACUAGAAAUGGAAAGCCAAAGGACUCAAGUUGUAAUCAUGAUGUUUUUAAACCUUUAUAUUCACUUUGGAAUGUAAACCUUGACUGUGAGGUAUCAAAUAAUAAAAUAUGUAA